AUGGCGACUUGGGGUAAGUCACAGCUUUUAAAAAAUAAAACAAUAGUUUUUCAAAAACAAAAAAAAAUUUGACCACUGAGCGGAUCGAACGCCCAACCUUUCGAUCUGGAGUCGAACGCGCUACCAUUGCGCCAAGCAGUCAUGUCUGCCACUCGCUCUUUUUUCAUAUUUAUUAUCGCUCCCGAUUUUUCUUUUAAAAUAAAAUGUUCAAAUUCAGAACAUGAACUUCGUGAAAUGUUUUCAAUGCACGACAAAGAUUUGUCUGGCUUUAUCUCAAAAGACGACAUUAUUGUAAUGCUUUUGGGAGCUGAAAAAGACGACAAGAAGGAUCCACUCUUCAAGACAAAUCUCAAAUUUUUGAUUCAAGUUAUCAAAGAGGCUGACAAGGAUGGAGAUUCCAAGAUUACUUUUGAGGAGUUCAAAGAGUAUAUCAAUAAGGUUACCUCAUAAUUUUCUUUAUUUGUUUUAAUUCAAUUCAAUUUAUAUGUUCUAUCUAAUAAACUUUUUUUUUACUUCGAGGAGUUUUAGAAAAACAAUUUUCUGGGUUUAAAAUCAACGUGGAUUUAAUGGGUUACUGUAGCAGAAAAUUUGAUGUUCAGGAAAAUUCAGGAAACAAUUUUUUGGACGGGUUACUGUAAUUGAAGUACACUUUUUGAUAAUAAAAAUUGAGAACUACAGUAACCUUUAUAAUUUUCAAGACAAAAAUCCAUGUGUGUUUGUGGGCUACUGUAGUCAUGUGUGAAAUAACUUUGAUCUUAAAAUUUUUUGAAUCUACUGUAAUUCAAGAUUUUUUUGAUCUACAUAAUUUUUGGAAACUACAGUAUCAAAGAAAAUUUUGAUGCUAAAAAUCCACGUGCCAAAUUUUUGCAGAAAUACAGUAAGUAUUUUUCUGAAUAUUUUUUGAUCUACCAAAAAUUGAGAACCCGAGAAUACAGUUUUGAUAGUAACCCAGGCAAUUUUAUCAUCCCAAAACCCACAAACUACAUUCUAGUACAUUGCAGGUGCAAGAUACCUGGAACUUUUCCCCCCUUUUCCCUUCUAUUGUCAUUUUUGUCACUGACAAAACACAACAACAUUUCUGUCCACGAAAAAAUGGUGAGAAGGAAGGAAAAAGGAAGACAAGGUGGUCUGCUCUUCUGUUUUGAUAUACCGCACGCAAUAAAAAACCGAAAAACAUCUGCUAGUGGAUUUUUUUAGAAAAGUUGCGUAACAGUUUUGAAAACACAAGGAUAAUUAAUUUUAUAAUUGUUCAAUUGUCCAAUUAUUUUUCUCUGAGAGCAUUUAGAUUUCCAUCAAGUUACCCUAAGUCUUCAAAACAAUUCUUGCAUAACUUUUAAUGUUUACUUACCUAGCCAAGUUAUAAAGGGUCAACUACGGUCAAAUUUAUUUACUUCGAAAAUAUAUUGUUUUUGUUUUCCAGGAAAAACAUUUGUAGAUAAGCCUGGUGUUCUACAAAAAUAUUUAUUUACUUUUUCUGACUUCAAAAUUUCUAAUCUUAUCGGUUUCAAAAAUAUAAAUUAUACUGUUUUUGAAAUAGUAAAGUUGGUCAGAAACAUGUGACUGACUAGAAAAUUUUUAGUAGAGAAAACUCGGGUUUUUUAAAAUGUUACAGUGAUAUAUUUUCCCACGUGGCAAAUAAAAAUACAGUAAGCCUAGAAAAUCUUUUUCAAGAACAAAUUCAAAAACUACAGUAUCCAAAAUUAAUUUUUUUUUGAAAAUCAAAGCUCCCAGAAUUUUUUGAAGGUGGGUCGGAGUUACAGUACCUCGUAUAGUAUUCAAUUUUUUAGUUUGAACUUUGAUCUACCAAAAGGCAUUGUCUUUUCUCCUUUCCUUUUUUCUGCCUACUCUCACUUUAUAAAUAGGAAAGAUAAAAAAGACAGGCGAAAAAAAGGCCAUCGAGGACAGACUCGUAUUUUGUCAAAGAAAUUUGCAUCUUUUUCUGGCAAUGUGUUGUUUGUGGUGACGUAGAGAAAAGGGGGCGGAGCUUCGGGUGGAAAAAGGGGAGGAGCUUUUUGGGUGGUAUAAUUAUAAUUUAUUUAUAAUGAGAUCAUUUUUUUGUAGAUCAUAUCUCAGAUGUGAGGUAUUUUUUGCUUGGUUUUUAUUUGGAGUGAAAGUACUGUACUGUAGGUAGUUUCUGGAACUUUUAGGGGCUCUUUAGAAGUACUGUAGACUUUAUUUUUUCGAAUUUUCAACUCCAAAUAUUCCAGGGUUACUGCAGAUUCCAUCUGAUUUUUUUUUCAGAAUACUGUAGAAUUUUAUUCUAUGAAUCUUGAAAUCUCAAACUUUCUGGGUAACGGUUUCAAAUACAGUACUACUGUUUUAAAGGCGCAUCCUACAAUUUCUUACAAUACCUCCCCGGCACAUUCUUCCAUUUUUUUUUCAGUAUUUUGUAGUGCCUAUAUAUUUUUUUGUCUCAAAAAUCAAACCUGCACUUUCUGAUAACGCCCCUCUCAAAAAACUUUGUCAUUGAAAAAAAACGUGAUUUUUUUUGGGUUUGAAACUUUUUUUUCUCAUUUUUUCAGGCCUGAUAAAAAAUGCCUUUUGAUUUUGAUUUACCUUGAAAUUUUAUCAAAAAAAUUUUUCCGAAAGAAUAAAUUUAAACAAAAAAUGAUUUGCAGAUGCUUCAAAACUCGGCUCUUGGCACCAUGCCAAUCGAUGUUUUCCCGAUGGUUUGUCAAAAUUUGGAAAUUGCGGAUUUGUUGAAUUUAUCCAAAGUUGGUGGGGAUUUUGAGAAGAUUUGUGACAGAAUGGCGUUUUCGGACUUUUCGAAAGUUAAAAUUUCGAAUUUCAAAGAUGGUAUGUUUUUAAGCCUAACCUAAGCCUAACAAAACAAAAUUCCCAUUUCCAGCAUCAAAAGUCGAAUUUCAACGACGAAACUCUUUGGAAAAAUCGAGUAUUUCAUUAGAAAAAUCCGAAGAUUGGCAAGAAGCCAUUUUGAAAUGUCGAAAAAUCAAAGAAAUCGAAUUGGAUUUGGCAAAAGAUGUGUCAACUUCGCAAAUUUUCCACGUUUUGCGCAAAUCGCAACUUCGUUUGCGCAAUUUGAAAGUGAAUAUUAGAGAUGGCGAGAAGAAUGACGAGAAAAAAGCGUCGAGAUUGUAUAAUGUGAGUUUUUUGUUUUGGAAAAUUUUAUUUAAAAAUAAAAAAAUUGAUUUGAAAAUUUCGUUACGCAGGCUAGCGCGAGGUUUCGAAGUUUUAGAGAAAAAUAAAACACUUUGAAAUUAUUUUCUCUAAAGAAAAUCUGAGUAACAUAUGUACUUUUCAAAAUUAAAAAACCUAUUUUGAAAAAAAAAUAGCCAACCUUCACAAAACCACCCUUGAAAAUCCAUUUUUCCAGAACUGCAUAGUGUUGGUGUCUCAACAUCGUUCAACUCUCGAAAAACUUGAAGUCUCAACAUCGGACGGGCAAUGGGUCUCGGCACGCCUUCCCGUUCAUCAAAACCAACUUCAUUUGGAAUAUUGCCAACCGAAAGAAUCUGAAAAAAUGCAAAAUCAUUCACUUGCCUACAACAUGUUCCAUGCGUUAUUAGAGAGUGAGUGUCUUUUUCUCUCUUUUUUCUCUCGCCUUUUUAUUUGCCAUUGGCAAGUGUCGGCAUGUCUGCUUCCGUAGCGCAGUAGGCAGCGCGUCAGUCUCAUAAUCUGAAGGUCGUGAGUUCGAGCCUCACCGGGAGCAAGCUUUUUGCAUUUUUUUUUUGAAAAAAUAAUUCAAAAAAUAAUUUCAGGACGACCAUGUGCUGAUGUUACCUUGGAAAUCGAAUCCAAUUCCGAUGCAAAUUUAGCGCUCCAAAGAGCAUUCCAAAUCGCAAUUCCACAUUCGAACAGAAGAUUUUUAGAAGUACUCACAAUUGAAUUAGGCAAUUCUUUGCAAAAAAUGAGCGAAGAAGAGAUGAAAACUGUGAUUUUACGACAUGUCGAUGAAUUCCACUUCAGUACGCCAAACUUGCACCAUUUUAAAUGCAAUUUACCACACACUUCGGUUAGUUUAAACUUUUUGAAGCUGGAAUUUUGAGCAAAAAAUUAAUAUUUUCAGAUCGAUUUGUCGCUGGAAUGCUUGAAUAAUCAAAUUCGCGAACAAAUUGAGAAAUCCAGAAAAUCUCCAACUCCAUACAUUUCCUCGAUUUGUCUUAGAUCUGUCAGAUGCAGCUGA